UCGAGGUAGAAUUUGUCAAACCUCACUGUUAAAUUCCUGCAGCGAACCAACGUCUCAAGACCCUUCGAGGUCAAACUUAACGCCAAACGUCCAGUGACCCCCCCCCCCGGCACUCGUCGAGAUGGCGGACAGCAGGGACAAAGCUACGGAUCAAAUGAAGACGUGGAAGGAGAACCGGGCACGUCAGAGGCCCGACACACUGACCACCGGGGCCGGCCAUCCCAUCGGAGAUAAGCUGAACCUGCAGACUGCAGGACUCAGGGGGCCUCUGCUGGUGCAAGAUGUGGUCUUCACAGACGAGAUGGCCCACUUUGACCGGGAGCGAAUCCCAGAGAGGGUGGUGCACGCCAAAGGGGGAGGGGCGUUUGGCUACUUUGAGGUGACUCACGACAUCACUCGCUUCUGCAAGGCCAAGGUGUUUGAACACGUCGGCAAGACCACGCCCAUCGCUAUCCGCUUCUCCACCGUGGCUGGCGAAUCAGGAUCCGCAGACACGGUGCGAGACCCCCGGGGCUUCGCAGUCAAGUUUUACUCUGAGGAGGGCAACUGGGACCUGACUGGAAACAACACGCCCAUUUUCUUCAUCCGGGACAGCAUGCUGUUCCCGUCCUUCAUCCACUCACAGAAGCGUAAUCCUCAAACCCACAUGAAAGACCCUGACAUGGUGUGGGACUUCUGGAGCCUGAGGCCUGAGAGUCUGCAUCAGGUGUCGUUCUUGUUCAGCGAUCGAGGUCUGCCCGAUGGCUUCCGCCACAUGAACGGCUACGGCUCCCACACCUUCAAAAUGGUCAACGCUGGUGGAGAGCCUUUGUACUGCAAGUUUCACUUCAAGACUGAUCAAGGAAUAAAGAAUCUGUCAGUAGAGGAGGCCGACCGCCUGGCAUCCACCAACCCAGAUUAUGCCAUCGGAGACCUGUUUAACGCCAUUGCCAAUGGCAACUUCCCAUCCUGGACGUUCUUUAUCCAGGUCAUGACCUUCGAGCAAGCUGAGAAGUUUGAGUUCAACCCCUUCGAUCUAACCAAGGUUUGGUCCCACAAAGAAUACCCUUUGAUACCUGUGGGAAAGCUGGUACUCAACAGGAACCCAGUCAACUACUUUGCAGAGGUGGAGCAGCUGGCCUUCGACCCCAGCAACAUGCCACCAGGCAUUGAGGCCAGCCCCGACAAGAUGCUGCAGGGUCGUCUCUUCUCCUACCCAGAUACACACCGCCACCGGCUCGGAGCCAACUACCUGCAGAUCCCCGUGAACUGCCCCUUCAGGACCCGUGUGACCAACUACCAGCGGGAUGGUCCAAUGUGCAUGUUUGACAACCAGGGUGGCGCUCCAAACUACUAUCCUAACAGCUUCAGUGCCCCAGAGGACCAGCCCCGGUUUGUGGAGUCCAAGUUCAAGGUGUCUCCAGAUGUGAGGCGUUACAACAGCGCAGAUGAAGACAAUUUUACACAGGUUCGCACCUUCUACACGGAGGUCCUGAACGAAGAGGAGCGCCAGAGACUUUGCCAGAACAUGGCAGGGGCCCUGAAGGGAGCCCAGCUCUUCAUCCAAAAACGCAUGGUUGAGAACUUGAAGGCAGUCCAUGCGGACUAUGCAAACCAGGUUCAGGCCCUUCUGAACCAGAACAAUGCGGUGGAGAAGAAGAACACAGGUGUGCAUGUCUACAGCCGUCCAGCAGCCUCGGCCAUUGCCGCGCCCUCCAAGAUGUGAUUAACUUCUACCUUUAUAGCACAUAAAGACUAAUUACAAUCAUUAUACACAUUUUUGCAAUGUGGUUUGGCUGCAUUUAACACAAACAACUGCUGUUGAUUACAAUGAAAAGUGCUAAUUGUGUCCAUUAAUUACUCAGGGUUUGUGUGUAUCACAACGCUAUUAUGAACCAACUCUUUUCUUUGCCAGAAGAAAACAAACCCAGCGAUUCAAAAUGUCUUGUCAACAUUAAUCAUCAGUCUGGGUUUAAAUUUGUAAAAUACCUUGAUGUAAUGCAUCGUCAUCUCACGGCUGGGCUAAUUUUACUACUUUAUUCCACCACCAGCAAUGAUCAGUUUUCAUAACUUGGAUGAUUGUCAUUGGUAAAACAGUUCCUGUUCUACUUUUAUUAUUUUCUGUUUGCAUAUCUAGUGGGAUAUAAAGAUGAUAAAAAGCAAGGAUGAAGAUGAGCCUUCAUUUCCAUUAGAACUACAACAAUAGUGCCUUUUUGUGGACUAAAACAACCAAUUACUGUUAUUUUGACCUUUUGUAAACAAGAAGAAUUACUUAUGAAUGACUUACAGUUUGAUGUGCUUGUUUUCAACAUGUCUUCAUAUGCAGCAAGAGACUAUCAAUAAGUAACCCUAAUGAUCAAACAUGUAACCUUACAGUAAAUAUACAUUGAGUUCUGAUCUCAAAUUAUAAUAAUCUAAAUAACUAUCAAAUCUGGUGCAUGUUACAAAAUCCUGACAAACUUUGUUGUGGUGUUUUAAUUUCAGGCUAAAAGAUACAAUUUUGUGUAGUUUGAGACCACAAAGAUCCAGAACAGGAUGUAAACUAUCAAAGGUCUGACUGUCUGUAACUGAUGUUACUUUAAUGUUGUGGACCGUGUCGAGUGCCUGUAUUAAUGAAUAAACUUAUGAUCAAAGUUCAUAA